UUUCUGAAGCAUAAACGAAUAUAUGAUUCAUUCAUAGAUGGAACCGAAUCAGCGUUGAAACCUGGUGAAGCCGAGGAGGCGAUACCGUUGAAUGUUGAUGACGAUAGAAUGUCACCUCUGAAGAAAGACACUGAGCAUCUCGGCGAUCAAAACACAGGUCUGGAGAAAGUUGAACAUAAAAUAGUGAAAGGAGCACCCCCGUUGGAGAGGGUCGAUAGCACUCGUGUUUAUUUAAAAGUUAAGAGGGAUUUAGAUGAAGAUCAACUUUACCAAUUGGUUGCUUAUCUCGAACACUCAAUCGCUGUUCCCAAUGAGCUGUUUUUCGAUGAUUUUCAGUUUGAUGGUGAUCAAUUGUCGUUCCGCGUGUCGCGCUCAAACGCGCUUCGUUCGCACAACACCAAACGACAACUGAGUUCAGUCGAAGGAAUUGCGGAGGCAGUUUAUAAAAGACGAAAGGAUAUCGAAACGUUGUCAGGUGUUCGCGUUGAUGAAACUGGAAUUGGAAGUGGAGAGGGAGUGGUACCGGUGGAGAGUGAGGGUCGUGAUGGAUUGUUUAUGCCAAUUCUGGUGAUAUGUGCUUUCACAAUCACGGCGCUGUUUACCGUACUCGCCGUUCAUCAAAUCAAACAACGUCAACGCAAUCGCCGUUGCACUGCGAUCACGGAUGUCGCCGAGCAAAUCGAGGGUAAACCCUCUGCACUUUAUCAGGAUCUAUGUCGUCACCGAAUGAGUACUCAAGAGCAAUCGAGUGGUACCAACUCAAAACACUCCAGUACUUCAUCGUGGAGCGAAGAGCCAAUAUCGCAUUCAAAUAUGGAUAUUUCAACCGGUCAUGUUAUUCUUGGCGUAGUUUUGAUCGUGAAUUUGGCGAACGACGAUGAUGAUAGAGAGCAACGGUGCACCCGUUAUUGGCCGGAAAGUGGUUCACAGUUACACGGUGCUUUCGAGAUUCAUCUCGUAUCAGAGCACAUUUGGAGUGAAGACUAUCUCGUACGUUCAUUCUAUCUGAAGAAUGUGAAGACAAAUGAAACUCGUACAAUUACACAAUUUCACUAUGUCACAUGGCCGUAUCAAUCAGUUCCAUCGACCACGAAAGCACUUCUCGAGUUCAGAAGAAAAGUGAACAAGUCGUAUCGAGGUCAUGCAGCACCUAUCGUAGUGCACUGCAGUGAUGGUAUUGGACGUACUGGGGCAUACUGUCUCUUAGAUAUAGUCCUGAAUAGAAUCACUAAAGGUGUUAAAGAGCUGAAUAUUGCUGGAUCGUUGGAACAUUUGCGUGAUCAACGUAGUGGUAUGGUAGAGACAGGUGAACAAUACAAGAUGGUAUUUAGUUGUUUGGCUGAGGAGGUUACCGCCAUGGUUAAAGCAUUACCGCACUGA